UUAGAGUACCCCCAAACCCCCUCUUUUGAUAAGCGAUUAGAAAGAAGGGUGAAAAGUUGGUAGAAACGGUUCCUUUGAUUUUAAAUAUAGCACUAGUGAUCGCACCGUGAGUUCGGUUAGAGUCAUCAAAAGCAGCGAAGUGUGAUUGUCUUGAAACAUCACUUGAAAACUAACAACAAACUUAAGGUUUCAACUUACAUCGCCUAUUCAUGACAAAAAAGCCCAGGAAAGUAAAAUUAUGGAACCUAAGAGUUUACAAAAUGAUAAAGCUAAUGUUAAUAAGUAACAUUUUUUUUGUUUCAUUCAUUAUAUUUUUAGAGUCCUUAUCGCUUGAGCUUUGCCAUUGAACGAUAUUUUUCGUUACAACAGUGCAGAAUUAUCUAUAGGAAUGUGAGCAUGUUUGAAAUUACAGGAAAGGUAGCUUUAAUAACCGGCGCUUCUUCGGGAAUCGGUGCUGCAAUUGCAAGUGAGCUUUUGCAAGCGGGCGCAAAAGGCGUUUCUGUUGUAGAUAUAAACGAAGGAUUAGGUUGGGAAGUGUCAGCAGAGCUCAACAAGAAGUUUGGGAAUGGGAGGGCUGUGUUUAUCAAAACGGACGUUUCGAAUAGGAGACAGUUGGAAGAUGCCUUUACGAAAACAGUAAACGUGUUUAACCAACUUGAUAUUGUCGUCAACAAUGCGGCAGCAAGAGGCGAGCGAAACUGGGAGAAGAACAUUGCGGUUAAUUUGACCGGCAUUGUAACCGGGACCAUCUUGGCAUACGAACAUUUCCUCCCCAAGUAUAAAAGUUCAGAGGAGGGUGCGAUCAUAAACAUUGCGUCUAUGGCUGCAUUAUACUCCUAUCCUUCCACUCCUGUGUACUCUGCGGCAAAAAUGGGCGUGAUUGGCAUAACUCGUAGCUUAGGCGCCAAACAACAUUAUCAACGUACAAAAAUUAAGGUAAUUGCUGUUUGUCCCGGAUACACCAGCACGAACAUCCUGCAGGACAUAGCGGCAGAGGAUUUACUAGGGGACGAUUAUUAUAAGAUCCAAGUAGACAUGAUGAAACUGGCACCAAUUGCUCAGCCUACGACGGCUGUGUCCAGGGCAGUAGUCGAGGUUAUAGGGAUAGGUGCUAGUGGAUCUGUCUGGAUAGCUGAUCAAAACCAAUCACCUUACGAAGUGAAAGUGCUAUAUACUUGACGGGGUAUACGAAUAGAUGCUAGCUUGUGAUACUGUCCCAAGAUUCUAAAAGACGCAUUUGAAGAUCAUCCAAACUGUUCCAGGCCAUCGACCCAUCAUACACCACUCUUGUUCAAUUGGUGGUAGAUGCCGCUGAAUACCAAAUUGUAGUUGUCGUUUUUCUGGUUUAUUAGUGAUACUUUAUUUUGUAUCAUGUUGAAAUUUUUAUCGUUAUACUUAUUUCGAAAUACAUUAUAA